CUUGUGCUGAGCAUAGUCGCCAACAGCCUUGUGUCCUUCAGCAGAAUGGGGUCUCUGCAUGAGACUGGAGCCUCGUUCAACAUAGGGAUGCAUGUCUAGUUGAACUGGUGGUCGGCGAUCUUGCGUCGUGUAGAGUGUGGAUGUAUUGGGUUUUCCUGGUGGAGAUCAACUUUGUCAAGUACGAGAAUUGGCAUCCGAGCUCUUUUGCUGCGGGCAAAGCUGCUGAUUCGACAGUCUGGGUUUUUGCUGCCACGUAGGAGAACCGUUCAGCAAUUGUAGCAGCAAUAGGUCGCCCAUCGAAUCGCUGCCUCUGACGUAGCUGUUUCGGCAGGCUUGAUCCCUGCAGCUCAGAUCGACCAGGAAAGAUGCAGUGCAAGAGAAAACAGUGUUACACUGAUCUCUAAAUUUUGCUGCUUCGAUACCGAUCCAUUCGUUCCGACAAGAUGGCCUCAAUGAAAAUGAGUUCGUUCAAGGUCCUGUGUUUCAUUGCUAUCAUCGUGGCUGUUUUCACCCAGAAGGCUGUGGCUACGUCGAAGACUCACCACUUGAAUUGGACUGUAGAGAACAAGAGAGUUACCCGGAAUUGUGCCACUGUCGACAUUCCUACAGUAAACGGCAGGUUUCCUGGCCCAACCAUUGAGGUUAAUGAAGGUGACACGCUAGUGAUUAAAGUGACCAACAAACAACAAUAUCCAGUCACCCUUCAUUGGCAUGGAAUCAAGCAAUUUAGGACAAACUAUGCGGACGGCCCAGCACACAUAACGCAGUGUCCCAUACAACCUAACAAGUCUUACAUAUACGAAUUUACGUUGAAUGAUCAACGGGGAACCUUCUUCUGGCAUGCUCACAUCAACUGGAUGAGAUCCACUGUUCAUGGUGCCUUGAUCGUCCACCCCAAGAAGAAAGCACCCUACGGUGCGGUCGCGGGCGAGAUUCCGAUCAUUAUGGGAGAAUUUUUUGGGUUACAUCCAAAUGUCGUAGAGCUUGGAUUCAUCAACACCCUGGCGCCGGUAGAGAACAGAACUACUUUGGCCAGCACCAUCAACGGGUUUCCGGGACCCUUUUUCAACUGCUCCUCGGCUACCAAGGUGUACAAAGUGAAAAAGGGUAAGACGUACCUGCUCCGUAUCAUAGACGCGGCGCUCAACAGUGACCAUUACUUUGCUGUUGCCAACCACAGCGUUACAGUAGUUGCCGCGGACGGAAACUAUCUGAAGCCUUUCAAAACCUCCUACGUGCCUAUGUCCCCCGGCCAGACUACCGACGUCCUCAUCAAAUUCGACAAGCCUUGCGGAAGAUAUUACUUUGGCAUGAACGCGGGGCCUGUCCCUGCAGUGGGAGCUCCUCCGCCGUUUGUUCCAGCAGUAUCAAUCUUCCAGUAUGAGGGUGCAGACUCCACUACCUCUCCAGUGGUACCCGUUUUCCCUGACAGAUUCAACCUUGCCCCGCUCAAUGCAUACCAUGCGAAACUGAAGAACCUGAACCGUUACCACCUCCCGAGAAAAGUCGACAAGAGCUUCCUCUACGUAGUCGGCAUCUCCAGUGUCAACUGCAUCCCCAGCGAGAACUGCACGCGUAAAAUUGCGGGUACAAUGCAGAAUAUGACUUUCGACGACCCAGUUGGAACUUCAAUUCUAGAGGCGUACGCCAGCGGUGCUAAGGGGGUCUACACCACUGAUUUCCCGGCCCAACCACCCAGCCUUAACGUGAACACCACCAGACCCGAUCCUCAUUACCUCGCCGGCAAUCGGGGCACCAGACUCCGAGAACUAAAGUUUGGUUCCGUCGUGCAAGUGGUGCUGCAAAACUUCUUCGCCUUCGGGGUGCUCGACCACCCAUUCCACUUGCAUGGCCACGACUUCUACGUUGUCGGGCAGAAUUACGGUGUUUACGAUCCGGUGCAGUCCCCCAAGACCUUCAACUUGAAGGAUCCACCGCUAUUCAACACCAUCGGCGUUCCCAACGGCGGAUGGGUGGCCUUGAGGUUCAAGGCCAACAACCCCGGCGUGUGGUUGCUGCACUGCCACUUCGAGAGGCACAAAUCGUGGGGCAUGCACCAGGUGUUUAUCACCAGAAAUGGUGUCGGUAAAAGCCAGACCUUGCCAGGCCCCAAGCAUCCCCUGCCCAAGUGCACUUAGAGUCUCCAUCCCCAGCCCUGAAGGUGGCCACUGCAUGGAGACAACAUGUGAGAAAGCAUCUCACACUGCCCCUAGCUUAUCAGAUCGUCAUAUUUCUCACAGAUUCUUCAUUGACUUAUGAACAUUUUUUUUGGAAAUAAACGAUUCGAAGGCUACCCGCCUCAUCGCCGCAACUUUGCAAUCAAAAA